CUUCAAAGUGAUGAACAUCCACGAUUAUCAUUUUCCAUAAGUCUUUACACAAUUUAUUUUCUCUCAUUAUUCAUUUUGCAACCACUUUAUUUAAAAUACUGUCAGUUAUUUUUUUCGCAAGUGAAGAAGUGAUUUAAAUUUUUAACUGUUAUUUAAUUUCAUGAAAAUUACAAUAAAUAAUAAGAGUAUGUAAUAAAUUUUUAUGACGAAAUUGGAUUAAUAUUUUUGCCAGUUCGUAUAAUUUCACAGUUCUACUAUUUUGAUCGUUUUGAGUUAAAAAAAGUGAAUGUACAUUAUUUCAAAACUAAAAUUCAGAAACUAGAAAAACCAGAACAAUUUUGAUUUACUUGAAAGUGAAUAGACAUAGUGUGCUUUGAAUAUUUGUGUCAUGGAAUUAGACAAAUAAUAGAAAUUUGUUGGUUCAAAUGAUUAUCUAAGUAAAACUAUACGAAAAAAUGAGGAAGUGAUAUAGUGACGAUGAUGUCAAGCUUAUCUAAAUGAAAUUGUACAUUUAAACGGAAAUACACAACACGUGUGAUACGUAAAGUUGAAUGAAAAACAGGUAGUAGCAAUUUACGUUUGUGUUUACGCAGAAAGACGGAAAGUAAAGAAGAAAAAUAGUCCAAAUAAAGUAAACUUAUUAUCAUUAAACUUUUAUGAAAUAAUUAUUAUUUAAUUUGAUUUGUUUCUUUCUGUUUGGAUUAAAUGAACUCUAAUGACAAUUUACUUGAAUUUAUUAAACAAUGUUGGGAGAGGUGACGUGAAAGAUGCAAUUACCACAUAAACCAUUACAAACCAAUUGUAAAACAAUUUGUGUGAUAUUACAUGGCAUCUUGAGUGACAACCAGAGCAAUAGUAAUAAUAGUUGAGUAAAUUCUAUUUCGUGUAUGAAAUAACUGAGAAAGUCACCUUAUUAAAAUAUUUUCAUAAAUUAGUAAAUCACAUAUAUAAACAGGAAGUGAAAAAGAAUAUAACUAAAGAAAUUAAAAGUAAGUUGUGAUUGUGAUAAAAUUAAGUGAGUGACUUAAUUAUUGAAUUCUUUUAAUUAAUUUUUAUAUACUAAAAAAGUUGUGAUUUCAAUUAUUUUGUGACAUUUAAAAAUCAAAGACAAUGAAAAUGAAGUUUAUCACUUCACUCUUUGGGAUUGGUUCCCCAAAGAAGAUGGGCCGACAGUACAUGAAAGUCGGAAGAAAUGCCCUCUUUGGAAUCAGGCCGCAUAAGAAUGGAGAAUCUAUGUGUACAGAACGAGUUCCUAGACCUUUAACUAUGUUUAUUUCAAAAAAUGGAAAGUUAAGACAUGGUAGAAUAGCUGCUAUUCUAUUUGGCUUAUUAGCUUUAGCUAUUGGAAUUAUUCUAAGUAGCAUUCCUUGGGUUGAUUAUGUUAUCUUAAGACAAUUAAGGUUGUGGAAUGGUUCUCUUUCUUUCCAGUAUUGGCAAAAACCUGGAGUAGUAAGACUUACCAAAGUAUAUAUAUUCAACGUUACAAAUGCAGAAAAUUUUCUCAAUUAUAAUGAGAAACCUAAACUUCAAGAGGUUGGACCUUUUGUAUAUAAAGAAGACAUGGAAAAAGUCAACAUUGUUUUUCAUGAUAAUGGAACAGUAUCUUACCGACAUAAAAAAAUUCUAAACUUUGUUCCGGAGUUGUCUAAGGAUAGUGACCUUGAAGUUUUAGUUCCAAAUAUUCCUCUUUUGACAUUGUCAACACAAAGCAAGAGUCUACCUCGUCUUUUAAACUUUGGACUAUCAAUGUUUAUUAGCGGAUUGAACCAGAAGCCAUUUGUUCCAGUGACUGCUCAACAAUUAGUCUUUGGUUAUGACGACCCAUUAGUCAGUAUAGCCCAUCGAUUUUUUCCAAAAGCAAGAAGACCUAUGCAUCAAAUGGGACUACUUCUUGCUCGAAAUGGAACAUUAGAUGAGGUGUCAACAAUAUUUACUGGUCAUACAGACAUGAAACAAUUUGGAUUAAUUAACAGAAUCAAUGGUUUGGAUCGUCUUCCUUACUGGGAGGAGGAACCUUGCAAUUCCAUUACAGCUUCUGAGGGAUCUUUCUUUCCACCAAGGGAAAGCACAGGAGCAGAUGUAGUUCACGUAUACGACAAAGAUCUCUGUCGAGUAUUACCACUACAGUAUCGAGGUCCAGUAGAAAAAGCUGGUAUAAAUGCAGAUUUAUAUACUCCAACUGAUGACGUGUUUGAUCCUCCUACUGUUAAAACUCCAGACAAUGAAUGCUUUUGUCCAGACGAUCCUAAGAGUUGUCCGCCUAAAGGUCUUCAAAAUAUCAGUCCUUGUCAAUACAGUGCUCCAGUUUAUUUAUCUUUUCCACAUUUUUACAAAGCUGAUCCAAAACUGGUAGAUGCAGUUGUAGGAUUGAAUCCAGUGCCAGAAUUACAUGAAACUUAUUUUAAAAUUCAACCGAAACUAGGCGUGCCGGUAGAAGGGAAAGUACGAGUUCAAUUGAAUCUAAAAGUCGAACGGCAGCCAGAUAUCAAUGCUGUAGCUCAAUUUCCAGACAUUGUGUUCCCAAUAAUGUGGUUGGAAGAAGGAAUUGAUGAAUUAACACCAGCGAUAAGAAGAUGGAUUUAUUUGUCGACAACAUUUGCUGAUAUAGCAGUUCCAUGCAUUACGUAUGGAAUGAUUCUAGUCGGUCUACUUGUCCUCAGUGCAAUAUUUGCUAAAGCACAAAAUGAUAUUAUUACAACACAUGAAGCUAUUGAACUGGGCAAAAAAACUAUAAGACGAGGAUCAUCAUUGAUAAUAAGUAGCCAAAAUCGAAUCCAUGUUGUCAAAGAAUCUUAUAUUUUAUUGAAUUCUAAUGCCGAGGAUGCAAGGCCGAUCGUCGACCUGUGAUUCUAAUACAAUUAAUGAUAAAUAAUUCAAUAUAAUAUUUUAACAUUUUUUAUUGAAAGUGUAAACUAAGUGAACUUUAAUGCUCAUUGUGCUCAAUAAUAUUUUUUAUCUAAAGACGAAAAUGUAUUAAAUAAUUAUAAAUGAUCAAGAAUACUCGACCUUUAAGAUAGUAAUCGAUUAAAAGAACACACACACAGAAGUGACGAAAAAUAAUUCAAAGUGAACAAAAUAUGAAGUGGAAGAUAGAAUGGUGUUCUGUGAAAAUGCUCUCUUGUUGGCCUUUUUAUUCUACCUCUUUACAUUCCAUAAGCUUGCCGUUUAUGAAAAUAUUAAAUUGUUUAGGAUAAAAUUAUUAAAAAAAUAAACGUCAAUUAUAGCGCAUACUUUGUUAGAAAUUAAAUAUCUAUUGAAGAUAAAAAAUUUGAAAGUAAUUGUAAUUAUCUUCAAGUAUCAAUUUAUUCUAAAUCAAAUAAUUUAUAUGAAAAACAUGUAUUUUUACAACGUUCGAAUAAUAAUUUUAUACCUUUAUUGAACAUUAAAUUAUUAAAUGAACACUUGAACAAGGUAAUCUAUUCUAGAAAAUAUAUUUUAAAUAAUAACAAUUAUCUAGAGGCGAAUGAAAUUCAAAAUAUUAUUAACUUACAAUAAUUUAUUUUUAAAAAAAUAUUGAAUGUAUUAAUCAUGUGCUUUGUUUAGUUCAAGGGUUUAUGCAAUAUAUGCAUGAUGAUAAGAUAACUAAACAAUAUUAAAUAGAAAAUUAUUGUGAAAUAAAUAAUUUUUCUUACUCUUAAUAAGAGUCAGUCAUAAAAAAAUAAAAUGAAACUUGUUCAUGUGCAGUAAAGAAUAAUAUUGAAAUAACUUUUUAACCAUUUUAUGGCAUUAAAAUGCUAAACAACUGUCGUAAAAUGUAUUUGUAAAUUGAAUAAACUCGGUAUUAAUUUAGGUACUAAUUUUUACAGAUUUUUUAUUGUUGACAAAAAACAUAUUUUGAUAAUAAAUAAUACGAAGUUGCUCAAUUUA